UGAUGGCGGAAAACGUCAAACUGACGUCAAACGUUUGACUGUUCCGUCGUUGUUUUUCUUCUCCCCACGUGAAGGUUUCGGUUGUUAAAUCUUGUGAAAUACUUGGAAAUCACAGUAAAAAUAUAAAUUCCAAUCAUGGCGGUUCGUGUGCAAUUCGAAAACAAUAAUGAAGUGGGAGUGUUCAGCAAAUUGACAAAUUCGUACUGCCUCGUCGCAAUCGGCGGGUCCGAAAAUUUCUACAGCGUGUUCGAGGCCGAGCUGGCGGAGACGAUCCCCGUGGUGCACGCGAGCAUCGCCGGCUGCCGCAUCAUCGGCCGCAUGACCGUGGCCAACAAGAACGGGCUCAUCGUGCCCUCCUCCACCACCGACACAGAGUUGCAACACAUCAGAAACAGUCUCCCGGACAACGUGAAGGUCCAACGCGUGGAGGAGCGGCUCAGCGCGCUGGGCAACGUCAUCGCCUGCAACGACUACGUCGCGCUCGUGCACCCCGACCUCGACCGCGACACCGAGGAGAUCCUGGCCGACACGCUGGACGUCGAGGUGUUCCGGCAGACGGUGGCGGGCAACGUGCUCGUCGGCACCUACGCCGCGCUCAGCAACAGAGGCGGCCUCGUGCACCCCAAGACGACCAUCCAGGACCAGGACGAGCUGUCGUCCCUCCUGCAGGUGCCGCUGGUGGCCGGUACAGUCAACAGGGGCAGCGAGGUGAUCGCCGCGGGCCUCGUGGUCAACGAUUGGUGCGCAUUCUGCGGCAUGGACACCACAUCAACAGAAAUAUCAGUAAUCGAAAGUGUAUUCAAAUUGAAUGAUGCUAAACCGACAGCGAUAACAUCUACGAUGCGUGCUUCUCUCAUUGAUAGUAUGUCAUAACAUUGACUGUGGUUAAAACACACUUAAACUUAUGUGAUAUUUGUUUAUUGCAAGUUUUUGUUUUGAUUUGUAAAAGAAAUUGAUGUUUUACUCUGUUGUUGUCUGUAGAGCAGAUUGCACAACAUACACCAAUGCGUCUUUGACCUGUUUCAAAUAAAUAAAUGUAAGUAAUAUUAUAUCAUUCAAAAUAUUA